AAAAAGUGGAGUUUGCUUCUCUCUCUCUCUCUCCCCCUCCCCCCGUCUCAGCCUUCAUCUCGCGAGGGCACUCUCUCGGCUGGGGACGGGUUGCUUCCGACGUGGAGAAAUCGGUCCUCCGGCGAUAUGCAGUGGGAUCGCUCUGGAGACAUACGUUUUGUCUUCUUUCCUCUAUGGCUUGAAAAAGGCGGAUUCCGGCAGGGCGAGGGCGCACCGAGAUCCCGUUCUGCAAGUUUGUGGGCGUAAGUUGAGGGCUUUGGCCUUUCUCUUCGCCGCCGAGGCCACGUCGACGUUUAUUUCUUCUUCAUCUUCUUCUUCUUCUUAUUAUUAUUGUUGUUCUUCGUCUUCCGCUUCGAUUGUUUGAGUCUGUUGUGGAUCAAUGAAGCGGCAGCAUUCGUUCGGCGACGGUAUUGAUUCCGGCGGGGAGAAAUCCGGGUCCAAGGAAUGGGGGAAGAGGGAUCAGGACGGGAGCAAGGUGCGGUCUUUGAAGAAUCUGAAUUUGGAACCUUCUGAAAGGAUAAGCUACCGCCGCAGCUACUCGUCGAAGCUAGAGGGUGGCCGGAGCGAGGAUCGGGAUGUGCGGGCCGAGCGGAAGAACUUCUCCCCGGAGUACCGACGGAAGGAGCACGUGGACUACAGGACGGAGAGGAAAGGGUUCGGCCGAUUGGACAGCCCCCGAAAGCCGUUUAGGGAUUCUGUCAGCGAGCGGAGCCAUCGUAGCUCGACGAAUGGGUUCUCAUCCCCCUCGUCAUCCUCGUCGUUCAGGAGGGAUUUCUAUGACUCGCCUCCGAAGGUGAAGGGGUUUAGGUCGAAGCGCGAUGACAGCACAUGGAGGAGGUCGAGCAGUAGGGAGAGAACAGAAGCCGAUGCAAGGGCACGUUCAAUUCCGAGGUCACGAAGUUGGUGCAGUAGGGCCGUUGGAGCGCGAUCAGUGGAUAAAAGCAGUGGUGCAUCUGUGAGUGCAAUUGAGCCGACGAAGCUAGAGAAUGGCGAGAACUGUAGCAGCGAGAUGGAAGAAGGUGAGCUGGAGCCAGAACCUGAAGUGGAAACUGCGGUGACUGAAUCACCCUCAAAAAAGGAAUUUCAGAUGACGGAAGCACAAGGGAGGAAUCAGGAUGAAGAGUUUUCUCCGUACGCUUCAAAUGAAAAAGAUGGGGAAGCUAUAGAAGGAGAGAAACUAGAGCCAUUUGCAGAAGAAAACGAAUCUCAAUUGAACGUAACUGCAAAGGCGCUAGAUGAUCAUGAGAGGGGCGAUGCAGUGGCUGACAAACCAGUGGAGGAUAAAAAGCAUGAUCAAGUGAGUGAGACCGGAAAUGAAUCCGAUGGAGGAAUAAAUCGAGUAGAUGAUGAAGACAAGGAGGAACUGCCGAAGAUGGAAGAUGUGUCAUCUCCUUCAAACAACGGGGACCACCUAUCAAAGGCGAGCUUCGACUCAAAACGGACAUAUGGAAGCGUAAACCUUUUGCAAGAUUUGAAUAAACAAGCGAAUGAUGAGGGGCUUGAAUUGGACGAGGAAUCCAUGGAAAAUGAUCAAGGAAAUAAUGAAAUUGAUAACAAGUGUAAGCAAAGUGCGACAUUUAUGCUUGAAAAACCUGGUGUCAGACUACCCGCUGAUGCUGCUAAAGUGACAGAAGCGGAAGUUGGUGGCUCCAUUGGGGUCACACAGAAGGCUUUUGCUCGAGAAGAUAGUGAAACCGGUAAAAGUAAAGGUAAAGGUUUGGCGAUCGAAGGUGAAGAAAAACUUGCUGUAUUUGAUGGACUGAGGGAGAAGGAUCUUUCGGCCUUUGAAGAUCAUCGGGAAACCCACUUAGGAGAUAGCAAUGAUGGCAGGGAUGCAAUGGAAGAAACGAGGAUGGUCGGUUUUCAACUAUUCUCUGAAACUAGUUUGGGCAAUAAAUCAGACAGUUUAGGUGAUUAUCUUGAGAAGCACAAGAACAAAAAAAUAAAAUGUGAGCCACUCCAGUUGUCUCUCGGUUUGCCUGAUGUCUCGUUGACCCUUGUACCUCAAAAUCUAAAACCAGCCCCAGCUCCACCAUCUCCUAGUCGAGCUAGAAGUGAACAUUCCAUGCCAACUAAUUCUUUUCAUGGCCAUGCAGGCUCAGAGGGUUUUACAGCAUCCAUUUCGUUCUCUGGGUCUCAACCAUGUGUCCAUAAUGCUAGUUGUUCUCUCACUCAGAAUUCAUUAGAACAUCAUGAACAUUCAGUUGGUAGUGGUUCUAUAUUUCAGGCGGUGGACCAACUUUGUCAAGGCUCUUGGCAAGGGCAGUCUUUGUAUGAGAAGAUGCAAAGUGGUCAUGAUGGGGUCACGGAACGAGGUAGGAAGAUUCCAUUGUACCAGAGGUUAUCACAAGGCAGUGGUGAUGCUUUACAGCCUCUAAAUUAUCAAGAACCAUCUGCAUUUCAUCUAGUUAAUGGAAAUGCAAAUUUUCAAGAUAAAAUUGCUGCUCUGCGAGGGCAGCGGCAUGUGGAACCAGAAGGAAGCAUGGAAAAACAUACCAGAUUUGAAGGACAGACGCCUUUUACAAAAGAGAGGUUUGGGAUUAGGAGGCAGGAGGUUGCACCAUCUUCAACACAGAAUUUAGGUUGUCAUCAAACUGGGUUCGUGCACCAUAGGGAAAUUAACAAUGAUAACAGCAGCCUUGAGAGCAAGCAUCAUGUUCUUAACAGGAGUGAGCAGGAUGGGACUGCAGAUCCUUCAUCAAAUGGAAUCAAAGGUGCUGAGAAACUGAUUUUUGAUAUAGUUUCUGAACCUGUGCAAGCAAUUGUCAGAAGGCUUCAUGAAAUGCCUGAUCAAUCUCUGUUAUCCCUCAAGGAGAAGGUAAGAGAAAUGAUAGUAAAUGGAAAUGUGCAAGAACAUUUAAGUUCAUUGCAAGAGGUGCUAGAAAAGAGAACUGACCUGACAUUGGAGACAUUAUUGAAGUGUCAUCGUGUUCAACUUGAAAUACUUGUUUCUGUGAAGACGGGUCUUCAGGCUUUCCUACGCCAAAUAAGCCAUGUCCCAUCUUCUGAUCUGGUCGAAAUUUUCUUGAAUUUAAAAUGCAAGAACCUUGCAUGUGGGAACAUCUUGCCUGUGGAUGAUUGUGACUGUAAAGUCUGUAAUCAGAAAAAUGGGUUUUGCAGUGCAUGCAUGUGUCUUGUGUGUUCAAGGUUUGAUCUGGCAUCCAAUACAUGUAGUUGGGUUGGCUGUGAUGUUUGUCUCCAUUGGUGCCAUACUGACUGUGGUUUGCGGAAUUCACAUAUCCGAAAUGGGCCAAGUGUAAAGGGAGGUUUAGGGACAGCAGAGGUGCAGUUUCACUGUGUUGCAUGUGGUCAUGCCUCAGAGAUGUUUGGAUUUGUUAAGGAAGUGUUCAAAAUUUGUGCAAAAGAUUGGAAUGCUGAAGCUCUUAUAAAGGAACUUGGGUAUGUGAGAAGGAUCUUCCAUGGAAGUACUGAUGCAAGGGGGAAACAGCUGCAUAAUUUAGCUGAUCAAAUGUUGGCACAUCUGGAAAGCAGUGGAAAUGUUCUAGAUGUAUACAAUGUUAUAAUGGCGUUCUUGUCUGGAGAUGCUGACGCUGCUGACUUGUCAUCUCUAACUAAGCAUGCCCAGACUAGUGUUAUGGCGACCUUAUGCAAAGAGCCCUCAUUCAAGGCAUCAUCUACGCACUGUGAAGGUGUUCCAUGGCCAGAAGUGAUUAGUAAGCUGCCCAUUGAUGUGGACAAGGAGAAAAGGGGGAAAAAAAUAAACAAGCCUGAGCUUCAGUUGAUUGCUGAGAGAAAGCCUGCUGCUGAUGAACUAGAGUGCAUCAUCAGAAUCAAGCAAGCAGAAGCUAAGAUGUUUCAGACACGCGCUGAUGAUGCUAGAAGAGAAGCUGAAGGAUUGAAGCAUAUUGCUUUUGCCAAGAGUGAGAAGAUUGAAAAAGAGUAUGCUAGCCAGAUUGCUAAGUUGCAUUUGGCUGAUACAGAGCAUAGACGACGGCAGAAAAUUGAAGAACUGCAAGCCUUAGAAAGAGCUCACCAUGACUAUUUCAGCAUGAAAGUGAGGAUGGAAGCAGAUAUUAAAGAUCUAUUACUGAAGAUGGAAACUACAAGGCAAAAGCUUAAUAUGUAACGUCACAUCAUUACAUAGCUAUGACUAGGGUUCAACAUUCUUCUCAGAUGUAUUUCUCACUUUGUACAAUUAGUACCUUGUAGGGUUAAAUCAUCUUGCACUUGCAGUUUUCGUGCAGCUGGCAUAUUGUAGAUCGUCUAGAAAGGGUCAAUGUGCCUUGGAUAUUUUGUUUUCUUCCUCUGGCUAACCUUUGUACAGAUAGACUGCUCCAAUUUAUUGUUAUAUUUGUCCAGUUAAUGGAAGCAAGAUAUAUGUCUUGUCGCA